GUCGUUAGUUCCCCCGAGCAAUCGAGUUGUGUUCCCAGCGAUCGAUCGAUCUAGGUGAGCAUCAUGGUUUCCGCCGACGUGGCCCGCAACAUCGUCGGCAUCAUCGGCAAUGUCAUCUCCUUCGGCCUUUUCCUCUCCCCUGUGCCGACGUUCUGGCGGAUCUACAAGGCCAAGGACGUGGAGGAGUUCAAACCGGACCCCUACCUGGCGACGCUCAUGAACUGCCUGCUCUGGUUCUUUUACGGGCUCCCCAUCAUCCACCCCAACAGCACCCUCGUCCUCACCAUCAACGGCAUCGGCCUUGUCAUUGAGGGCGCCUACAUCAUCAUCUUCAUCAUCUACGCGGCCAAGAACACAAGG